UCAAGUGAGACCCACGGUGUUGUUUAGUGUGCGUUUUCGGGCGAUGGUAGUCGUGCAGGCGAACGAGGCAGCAGCAGCAGCAAAGAGUCGGAAGGUCGGGUGAAAAGAAGCAGCAAAAGCGAAGGAAUUUUCAGAACAUCGACAAUUCUCCUCCCAGCGGUGCAUUUUCUUUCGUUGCGUUGCGAUAGCGUGCACGUUUGCAGUAGCCUCAUCUGGUGGGAUUGAUUUGUGGUGCGAACUGUGUGGACGGCAGCGAAAAUUGGAGUGUGUUUGUGCAGCGAGUUACGAACACAAUUUAGGAGAAGAAAAAAAGGUGGAUUUGUGUGUUCGGUGGUGGAAGAAGGCAGGAAGAAGCGUUCUGGAUGCCACAAUGAGGUUAAUUUGUGCAAAAGUAUUGUAACAUUGCUGCCCUGCAUCGCGGACAAGGAAGAAUCAACUGGAAAGCCUGCCAAACGUAAAACUCGCAUUCAGUGAAGCGUAAGCUCUGCUCCCUACUGUGAAAUCACCCUCCGGAUCGUUUUACGGGAGAAUAGCAAAGGAGGGGUUGGCCCCACACGCACAGGUGACAGCUGAAGAGCAUCCAGGAGGGGGAAUACAUCAUUUUCGACACUCUAAUGUGCAUCUCUUGCAAGUGACACACGGGAGCUGCAUUGAUUUUAUCCCAACCGCGGAUUGCCCGUUGCCCUGUACACUCUCUUGGGCACUUGCUUGCUGUCCUACGGCAAUCACAUCAGUGGGUGGGGAAUCUAUUAUGUGGAGAGAUUAAAUUUUUCUUCAUCUUCAGAGCCUGUCUCACAUCCUUCUAUCGUCAUCGUACCAUCGGCUGGUCUAACUAGCAAUCGAAAACAAUUUGCUAGAAAGAAAACGCAAAACCCACUGAGGAAGGUACCAGCAGCGGCAGCAGAAGCAUCAUUAGCAGGCCUCGGAAAAGUUCGCUUUGUCGUACAAACGCGCGCGGUGCUGUGGAUAUACGUCGAUAGUGUGAGCGAGUGUGUGCAUCGUUCCUUAGCAGGCGCGGAAGGAAACCCCCGUGGCUCGCUGGAUACCAACGCCAGGGGCACAUCAACGUAGCAGGCCGUGGUGUAAAAGCAGGCAAAAAAGCUCUGCUCAAACGUCGACGAUUAGUGCACAUAGCAUAGAGUGUGUUGAAAGAACGUGAAAAGCAUCUUCUCGUACGCGAUAGUGCUCCUCGUGUUUCGAUUUUCUCAGAGUGUGUGUGUGUGUGUGUGCUCUUUUUUUACUUUACUCUUGCGCUGUGGCUCCCUUUGCUCCGUCGUGCCCCAUCAUUGAUGCUAGUGCGCUCUGUGUCCCGUUUGUUAUCAGUGGUAGUUUGAAAACAUACACAAGCAGUGGCAGCAGCACGUCCUAGCAGGCCUAUUUAAUUUGUGAGAGCGAUUUGCCCUCGUCCUGGUUGUGUGUUGUGGCAGGAGCACCAGCAGGCAGUAGCAAUUCGGCAGCAAUCAGCAGCAACAUCGUCAUCUCUCGUGUUCGUCCUGUGCCCUGGUCAUUCCCCGCGAAAGUUGGCGAGUUUUUGUCGAGAAAGCGAACGCAAACGUGGUGCGUGGAAUAGCGUGGAAUCUGUGAAGUGAAACGAAAAGAAGUAAAAAGAAGAAAAAAAAACAUCUGUACAAAGAAUACAUAAAAAAGGAAUCACUUCGAGCGAGACGGAACGAGGACGACGUGUGGCAGCUGCGGCUACAGCGAGGAAAAUGUACAGUAAAAUGAAUGGAUAUCCUUCGUCAUCCUUUCGAUCAAGUAGCGGCCGACUGUGGGGAAUGUCCCACUCGUUACCCUCCGGAAUGUCAAACUACCUGCAGGAUGCUGACUUUUCAUCCUAUUCGCGGCCCCGACUGUACGGCGAUAUGCCGUCGAGCAGCACGUUCGGUGGUGGCAAUCCGUCGACACCGCACCAUCACCACCACCACCAUCACAAUCACCUCAGCCAGCCAGCGUCCCAUCAUCACACGUCCUCGUCCAGCACCAGCUCGCUGACCGGCAUGAACUUUGGUCCGGGGUCGUCCGGCACCGCCGGUACGAACCUGAUCGUCAACUAUCUACCGCAGGAUAUGACGGAGCGCGAAAUGUACUCGAUGUUCUCCGCGAUGGGACCCAUCGAGAGUUGCCGACUGAUGAGAGAUCUAAAGACUGGGUACAGCUACGGCUUUGGUUUCGUAAACUACCUGAACGAGGAAGCGGCACAACGAGCGAUCAAAUGUCUGAAUGGCUAUCCGCUGCGUAACAAGCGUCUAAAGGUUUCGUACGCGCGGCCACAGAGCGACGAUAUCAAGGAAACGAAUCUGUACAUCACGAAUUUGCCCCGCACGAUCACCGAGGAGCAGCUGGAUAUCAUAUUCGGCAAGUACGGUACCAUCGUGCAAAAGAAUAUCCUUCGAGAUAAGCUAACGGGUCAGCCGCGUGGAGUAGCCUUCGUACGGUUCAACAAGCGCGAGGAAGCGCAGGAAGCAAUAUCGGCCCUCAAUAAUGUGAUCCCGCAGGGUGGCAAUCAACCACUGAUAGUGCGUGUUGCAGAAGACCAUGGCAGAGCUAAGGCGGCACUCUACGUACCCUCGUACAACUCUAUAGUGCACAAUAACAGAGCGCUACUCCCUCGUCAGAACACAAUGAAAUAUAACGAUCGUUCGAGUGGGCUGUUACGAUCGCAUCAUUCGUUAAUAUUUUACUAACUGUCCAUUCUCGUCGGAACGGCACGUACGAUUUAGUUCGGGCACAGCUAAGCGCAAGGAAUUGUUGCUCGAAUGGUGCGGUAGUGCUGUGCUUCGUUGCUCUACGCUUCUUUCAACGUCGAUAGAAUACCGAUCGGAGGCGUGGGAACAAUUUCAUACUUCCUUUUAGUGUAAUUUUAGGAGCGUCGGUCGGGAGCGUUGCAAACAUUUAGCUCCCUAUCGGAGCGCAAUUGCGAUAGAAAUGGUUGUAAAACUUACAUUUAAUUAAAAUGAAAAGUGCAAAACCUAUGGCAACAUAAACGGAUGGACGGUUUUUGCCGAUGAUCAGGUAUACGGUCGCGAGAGGUGCCAAGGAGUAGCUGGAAAUGAUCGUGUUGUGAUUGUGGCGAACACAAAAAUGAAGACGAAAGAUAGGUUGUUAUAGAGGGCGACACCUGAUCGAGACAAAUCGAGCCAAACAGAUUUUAUAAACAAUCCAGUGUUCAAUCGACUGCGAUCGAUGGUCGAUCCAGAUAGGUGAUUUUCUUUUUGGCUUCUACCAAUACAAAACCAAAGUUGUUAGAUUAUGUUCUGCCUGUUUGGGUGACCAUAUGCUUGCGAUGAUUAUGUUAUCGAAUAUCUUGUACCAACAAUCUUUUUGGAAAUGCGAUCACACAAAGUAUUACUGCAGGUUCUUGUAUUUGUAUUUGAGAAGAACAAUCCAUCCCAAUUGCAAGCUAGCACAUGCAAAAAAAAAAGCGGUUGGAAAGACUUUCUCAUAGAGAAAUAUCUCAAAGUAAUUCAAAACACACUAUUACUAGACAUACUUACAAACAAAACAGGGUUCUUACUAUUUCUCAUUAAACACAUGUGAUGAUUGCAAUGAACUAGGAGUGCGUGUUAGUGUCAUCAAUCAUUGGAAAUUUGUUUAACAUACAUUUUUUGUGCAUAAACGUAAAAAAGCUCCAUUAUUAAAGAUCAUUAUCAAUUUCGCUUUUGAGUAACAAACUGCAAUUGCACAUAUUAAGUUUCCGCGGUUGUAUAACUGGACUGAAACCCUUCGCCAUAUUUAGUUGAAUGCAUUCCUCGGUGUGUGUGCGUUUUAGGUUGGUGAUAGUAGCUUUUAGCUAUCAACAGUAUCAAUGUUAAGUACUACUGCUUUACUUUGGCAUUAAAUGCAAUUCUCCCGCAACAAUGAUGCUGUACAGCGUUGGAGCAUAAUCUGCCAUUUCUAAGCUAUAUAGUUACAAAACCAAAUCAAACUAUACUAGUAGAUGAUCUGUAAAAAACAAGAGUGAACACACCUACUGCAUAUAAAAGUGUAAAGGGUUGAGAGUCUAACUAUAUAUUAAAAAAACCGGAAACACGAGAAAACUUUAAAAAAGUAAAUUUGCAUUAGACUUAUAGAGCAAACUAUUUCCUGAAGCUACACAACAAUAAAACAAACGAAGCAAUGAGAGUAGAUUAUAAAGGAAUACAUGCUCCGGGAAUUGAAUCGUUAUGGCGCAUGAAAGCAAAAAAAAAGCAACAACUUGCAUUUACAUACAUUAUGUACCCAUGUAAAGGAAGCAUCCCCAUGCUCGCGUAAAAGAAGGGUAGAGAGUACGAAACAGAAGAAAAAUUUCACGUAAAAGUCGACAGCAGUAAAUCGAUGCUUUUCAAUUUUCAUUGAAUCUUAUCAUCUUUCUUCACAGAAUAACUUUUUGCUAUGCAAUUAUGUUUGUUCAAUUUCCCCUGCAAAUGAAAAAAGAAAUGAAUAAGAAAAUCAUAAUACCAAAAAAAGCGAUCGAAUUAUUCUAGAGAUAAAAGUUAAAAAGUGAUACAAUGAUCAUUAAACCAAAACGGAAGAAUUAUUAGAACAACAGAGUGUUUGCGACGUUUACGCACACAAUGGGUGUACAGUGAAAGUGGUGUAGCUCUACCAGAGGAAGAGUCAGUAAGUAGAUCUAUAUUCGGCGACAUUCGUCCUUUGUAUUUUCUCCAAGCAAAACCCUUGCGCUCCUGGUGCCAGUUGCACCCCAGUUGAUAAUCCUUCUCUAUCCAUACCUCAUUAAGAAGUUAAACAAGAACAAAAGAACAAAAAAAAGAAAGAAACGAGACAAACUCGCUACGACAAAUUCAGCUUAGUAAAUCCAAACUCGCCAGUUUUUACGCCAGUUCCGAUACUUACGCUAAAUUUAAUAUAAAUCAAACUCUUCCUCAAUUACACAAAACCAGAUAGAAUCAGAUUUCAAAUCCAACGCCAUACGAUUAUAUACAUUGAUAUAGUAGUACAGACACAUCCGGAUUUUACGGCUUAGAAAGAUUAGCAAUUUGAUCUUCCAUAGUGAUUAAUUAUUGCGCUUUUCGUCGCGUUAAGUUUCGAAACCAUUAGCGUGUAUCGGGCGAGUCAGCUGUCAGGCAGAGCAAAGUGUUAGGAAAGUUAGGUUAAUAGAGCCGUCUCGAGUAUCAUUCCUUGGUUAGGCUUGCAAAACAAACCCCCGCCAGUGACAUAGAAAAGGAGUGAGUGCAUGAUACACUUUAUAUUUGUUUUGCGACAAGAUAGCAAAAAAUCUACCGAAGCAAAGAAAGCAAGAAAAUUGUGUUUGCGCAGUACAGGAGACGACGGCGAAGAAAGAAAAGUGACGAAAUUAGUAGAGAUGAAACAUUUCGUUAAAACAAAACAGAUUUAAAAAAUGACGGAUACUGUUCACACGUUUACGGCACAAGGAAAACUAAACCUAAGUAGUACGAGAUAGCUUGAAAGAAGAAAAAAAAAACAUUUACGUGUCUUAUAUAUUGAACCAAUGGCAUAUAUAUACAUCUAUAUAGAUAUAUAUACAAAACUCAAAUAUAUAUACAUUCUGUUUGUUCUCCUAUACUAUGAAAAUUAAAGUUGAAGAAAAAAACGAACAAAAAAUAAUAACGACAAAAAUGAGUAGCAAACGAAACCUAGAAUCGUAUUGUGUAGCAAAACAACGGGAAGAAAAGAAUGCAAUGUAAUGGAUUCACUGUAAGAUCAACUGUAAAGCGAUCAUUGUGCGUGUGUGUGUGUAUGUGUGACGGUUUGAGAUGGUGUAAGUGUGUGUUUAUAAUGGUUAAAUUUGUUUAAAUUAUAGUUAAAACACUUACACUUUUGUUCAGAUUUAAUGUGUUCUAAGCAAUAUGGUCUUCGUCUGUUAUACAGCUUGAAAUAGUAGACGGUUUGUUUUUAGUGGAAGGGAAAAAUAAAACAAUCGACACGAAAUCAAAUUAGUUGGUCAAUUAUUGAUAUUUGAAUGAAACAUUUAAAUAUACUGUACUAUAAGAGAGGGAACACACCUCACACUGGAGUAAACUGGAGGAAACAAUAUAAAAGACAAAACUAUAAACUAAUAAGUACAAUAGAAUUACAUUAUGUUGCGAACAAGAAGUAAUACAAAACAGGGACUUGAAAUUGUAAUGAUGUUUAGCAAAGAAUGUAGGAGUUGUUUUUUGUUGAAAAAUUAUCGAUCGAUUUCUAGGGUCGUUAAUUGAUCAUUAAGGAAUUACUCUUUUUUAGUAUCGUCACAUUGUUUCCCAUUGUAUAUUAUAUUCAUUUGCUAAGUACUCAGUACCAUUAUAAAUAGCAAAAAAUGUAUCGCAUUAAUCUGCAUGGUGAGCGGGCCUGGGGUGUGGAUCGCGAUGGUUUUAUUUAUUUUAUGCAUUUGACGUAGUAGCAGAACAACGUAUAAAAGUUGCAUCAAAGCGUUCCCCGGCAAACAAGUAACAAGAAAAUAUGAAAACAGAUAGAAGAGAGAGAGAGAGAGAAAAAGCCGCAUGCAUACACACGCAGGAAAUGGAACGAAACAUAAAGAUCUAGUUAUUAGCUGUGAUUUUUUGGUUGUGUCAACCAGAGCAAUUGUAUGCAAACUAAAAGGAAAAUCUACUAGCAAUGGGGACGCAGGAAGCAAAGAAAAGAUGUAAAAAAACAUAACGAAUAAACCAAGACAAGUAAAACAAACAUAAAUUCUAUGCGUGCACGUUUUGGAUGUUCCGAACUAGGGCGACGUAAAGUGCUCGGAAAAGCAACAGAAAAACAACAAAAACCGGUGUAAAAACAAACACUAUACCUAAAGCUAUAGCAUUAAUGUCAUACUUGCCAGUAAGGAAAAGUCGAAAAACCCCAAAAGGCACUGUUACAAUAAGAAGUAAUUCGUUGAAAAGAUCAAUCCAAAAGACAGAGAGA